AUUUACGGUACUUUUUUGCAGCAGCAGAGCUCUCCGGGAUGGCAUAAGAGAGUGGCUAUUACUACGGGAGGAGAAAACCUACCGAAUGAAAGACAGAUAGCGUCGUCCCCUCGGCGAUGGCACGACUAGAGUUGUUUUUGUUCACGGCUCUAGCUCGCAUUUCGUCUGGGAAUUCUGCUUCCUUUAUUGGCUAUUCCUGAUCCGUACUCCAACCGACACCUCCAAUUAUGGAUUGUACUGAAGUUCCACCUUUUGUAUUUUUGCGUCAAGACAAUCGGGCGAAAUAAGAGGAAACGAUCAAGGACUGCUGUGACCUAUUAUCCAUUCCGGACUGUUCUCCAUAUAUAGACAAGAUUCGUUGAGAAAUGCAAGCGUGAACGAAUUUUGGUAGGAUAUUUUGUUUUAAUCCUCGGGUGCAAUUUUCAGGAUAUUCCAUUGGUUUACGCGUAAAGGACAUGGACACAAGGUGUUUAGAAUAGUAGUUAGAAUAGAUGCCUUCGUGUUGUCAAGUUUUGCUAUUAACGGCCUGAGAUGAUAUAACUGCAGUUUAGGUGAUUGCUUUGCUCUUUUAGGAAUAGUGCGCUGCUGUAGUUAAGCCCUUUUUUAUCAGCUGAUCACCUUUAGGGUUUCAGAAAUACCCUUUUGUUCAGAAAACUCAUUUUUUUUAAUUCAAAUGUAUUUCAUUUGAACGCAAGUAACCUAUUCUGAGCUGCUGUGUACAGUUGUAGGCUAUAACUUGGAAACAAAUAUCCCCACCUCACUAGCAAGGUGACAGUAGGAGUAGGGUUGCAGAGUUCUCUGUAACAAACGGCCAUAGCCAUGGCUCUGCCCGAUAACACCCCCAGCAUUCCUUUAGAGGAAGCAGUCAUCUUCCCUGAGGUAGUAGAGCUGAACGUGGGCGGCCAGGUGUACAUCACUCGCUACUCAACCCUCGUCAGCGUACCAGACUCUCUCCUGUGGGAGAUGUUUAGCAGGAAAUCCACCAAAGGGUUGGCGAGGGACACCAAGGGCCGUUUCUUCCUGGACCGAGAUGGUUUCCUGUUCCGGUAUAUUCUGGACUACAUGAGAGAUCAGCAGCUGGUGCUCCCUGACCACUUCCCAGAACGGGGUCGCCUGCAGCGGGAGGCUGAGUUCUUCAACCUACCUGAGCUCAUAAAGAUCCUGGCGCCCAAACUCAGCAAGCAGAACUCGCUGGGCGACGAGGGGUGUCAGAGUGACCCGGAGGACUCCUCACCAGGCAUCGACACCGGGCGCAACCUAGCCUCGCUGGGCACUGCCGCCUGCGCCAGUCUGGUCCCCAGCGGAGACGGUAAACGCUCGGGAUUCAUCACCAUCGGUUAUCGCGGCUCCUAUACUUUGGGGCGCGACAGCCAGACCGACGCCAAGUUCAGACGUGUUGCUCGCAUUAUGGUCUGUGGCAAGACGUCGCUGGCUAAAGAGGUGUUUGGGGAGACGCUGAACGAGAGCCGGGACCCGGACCGACCCCCAGAGCGCUACACGUCACGCUACUACCUCAAAUUCACCUUCCUGGAGCAGGCCUUUGACAAGCUGGCAGACGCUGGGUUUCACAUGGUGGCCUGUAACUCCACGGGGACCUGCGCCUUCGCUCACGAGCAGACGGACGACAAGAUCUGGACCAGCUACACUGAAUACGUGUUCUACCGUGAGUGAGGUCAUCAUCAGCCCUGGUCCCCGG